CUAAGCCCUAACAGAGAGUGUGGGUUGGGUUAGGUUCAGCUCGGUUGCAUAGCCCUCCGCCCCCUCUCUCUCUCCCCCCUCUAAUUUUCUCUUUCUUGAUUACCAGUUCUUACUUCUCAACUGCAGCGAAGCACCAAAGAGCUCAGAGAAACUCUAUCACUCCUCACCAUGAACUGCUCAAUUUCCGGUGAAGUGCCGGAGGAGCCAGUGGUUUCGAUGAAGUCUGGACUUCUUUACGAGAAGCGAUUGAUUGAGAGGCACAUAUCCGAGUAUGGAAAAUGCCCUAUUACUGGGGAGCCUCUGUCUGUGGAUGACAUUGUACCGAUCAAAACCGGCAAGAUAAUGAAGCCAAGACCAGUACAAGCUGCAAGCAUUCCCGGGAUGCUUGGAAUGUUCCAAAUAGAAUGGGAUACGCUUAUGCUAUCCAAUUUUGCAUUGGAGCAACAACUACAUACAGCAAGGCAAGAGCUAAGUCAUGCCUUAUACCAGCAUGAUGCCGCUUGUCGUGUGAUUGCAAGACUUAAAAAGGAAAGGGAUGAGGCAAGGUCAUUACUGGCUCAAGCAGAAAGACAGAUGCCCAUGUCAGCACCGAUAGCGACUACAGUUAAUGCUUCUUCUUUGAGCAAUGGGAAAAGAGGUCCUGAAGACGAGGAUAUAGGUCCUGAUGGAAAGAGAAUCCGUCCUGGAAUUUCUGCUAGCAUUAUUGCAGAGCUCACAGACUGUAAUGCAGCACUUUCACAGCAGCGCAAAAAGCGGCAGAUCCCACCAACAUUGGCUCCUAUUGAUGCUUUGGAGAGGUAUACCCAACUCUCUAGUUUUCCACUUCACAAAACCAAUAAACCUGGCAUUUUAGCUGUGGAUAUCCUGUAUUCCAAGGAUAUUGUAGCGACGGGUGGGGUUGAUACAAGUGCUGUACUCUUUGAUCGGCCAUCAGGAGAGAUUCUAUCUACACUUAAUGGUCAUUCAAAGAAGGUUACAAGUGUUAAAUUUGUAGCUGAGGGUGACUUGGUUGUUACUGGUUCAGCUGAUAAGACUGUCCGAUUAUGGCAAGGGUCUGAAAAUGGCAACUUUGAUUGUAGGCAUAUAUUGAAGGAUCAUACUGCGGAGGUGCAAGCCGUCACUAUCCAUGCCACCAAUAAUUACUUUGUGACAGCUUCUCUUGACAAUACGUGGUGCUUUUAUGAUCUUUCAUCUGGUUUAUGCCUCGCACAGGUUGAAGAUGGUUCAGGAUCCGGGGGUUAUACAUCUGCAGCUUUUCAUCCUGAUGGUCUCAUCCUGGGAACAGGCACCUCAGAGGCACUUGUUAAAAUUUGGGAUGUAAAAAGUCAGGCAAAUGUAGCGAGAUUUGAUGGGCAUGUUGGGGCAGUAACUGCUGUAUCUUUCUCAGAAAAUGGUUAUUUCCUAGCGACUGCAGCACAUGAUGGAGUUAAGUUGUGGGAUCUGCGCAAAUUGAGGAACUUCCGGACAUUUGCACCUUACGAUGAAAAUACACCAACACAAUCUGUGGAGUUCGACCAUAGUGGAAGUUACCUUGCUGUUGCUGGCUCAGAUAUAAGGGUUUAUCAAGUUGCAAAUGUCAAGUCUGAGUGGAAUUGUGUCAAAACCUUCCCUGAUUUGUCUGGCACAGGUAAAGCAACUUGUGCUAAAUUUGGUCCAGAUGCUAAAUACCUAGCAGUCGGAUCAAUGGACCGCAACCUCCGCAUAUUUGGCUUGCCAGGGGAUGAUGGUCCCUCAGAAUCUUAAAAAGCCUUACAUUCGCCUUUUUGAGAGCAAGCUAUUUUGUAUCCACUUGUCGUUGAAAGAGGAGUUGCAAUUUACUAUUUUGCCCCCCCAAUUUUCCCUUCAAAAUUUGCAAUUUGAUUUUGUUGUAGAGGAAGAAUGCCAAUCCUGAUACCUGUAAUAUUUUUUUUAAUGUACUAUUUAAACUGCGGUAUAUUGAAGAGGUACAAUGAAUGUUUAAUAUGAAGAUCCGUUUUUACCAA